UUGGGAACAGUUCAGCAGGCAGCCCAGAGACGACGUCAGCUCCCCACAACCGUAUAAAAGUCCGGAGGUGGCCGUGCUUCAACAGACUGCAAGCGCUUUACCCAGAGCCUCAACUACUCCAAACCAAGGAGCCUUUAACACGAGAGACUACGACGCAAACAUACCACGAGACGAUUGACGGAUUCACUUGAAGACUGCUUUCCAUUUUGAACAGGAUUUGGACAAGACGCGAGAUAUUUUUUCAACAUGCUGAUGCUUAGUGUUGUCGUUUUCUUCAUUGGGAGCCUCAACCUGGUUCUGUGCUCUUCGUGCCCGGCUGUGUGCGAGUGUCCACGGGAGAUGCCCAAGUGCGCACCCGGCGUGAGCGUGGUCCUGGACGGCUGUGGCUGCUGCAAAGUGUGCGCCAGACAGCUGAACGAGGACUGCAGCCUGACCGAGCCUUGUGACCACACCAAAGGGCUGGAGUGCAACUUUGGAGCCAGCUUUGCUCUUGCUACAACUCGUGGCAUAUGUCGAGCCAAGUCAGAGGGCAGACCCUGUGAGUACAGCAGCAAGAUUUACCAGAACGGAGAGAGCUUCCAGCCCAACUGUAAACACCAGUGCACAUGCAUCGACGGGGCAGUGGGAUGUGUGCCACUGUGCCCACAGGAACUCUCCCUGCCCAACCUCGGCUGUGCCAACCCACGACUGGUCAAGGUGCCAGGCCAGUGCUGCGAGGAGUGGGUGUGUGACGACACCAAGGAGAUAGACAUCCUGGAGAAGAUCUUUGGCAAAGACCUGCUGAAUGAAGAGCUGGAGAAGGAUCUCACCAACAGAAAUGAGCUCAUUGCAAUUGUCAAGGGUGGACUAAAGUCUCUACCAUCAUUCAGACAGCAGCCUGAGGUACAGAUGUUUGACAACCACAAGUGCAUCGUCCAAACCACGCCCUGGUCUCAGUGCUCCAAGAGCUGUGGAACAGGCAUCUCCACCAGAGUCACCAACAACAACAAUGACUGCAAGCUGGUCAAAGAGACAAGGAUCUGUGAAGUGCGUCCUUGCACACAGUCACUUUACUCAAGUCUCAAGAAAGGCAAAAAGUGCAGCAGAACAAAGAAGUCAAGCCAACCAGUGAAGUUCACAUAUGCCGGCUGCUCCAGCCUCAAGAAGUACAGGCCCAAGUACUGCGGAGCCUGUGUGGAUGGCAGAUGCUGCACCCCCCAUGACACCAGAACCAUCCGGGUCAAGUUCCGCUGUGAAGAUGGGGAGACCUUCAACAAGAACAUCAUGAUGAUCGAGUCCUGCAAGUGCACUUACAACUGUCCCUAUACCAACGAAGCCUCAUACCCGUUCUACCGCCUGUCCAACGACAUCCACAAAUUCAGAGACUGAGCACAACUGCUGGACAACCCCACUCACCACUGAACGUAGGGGUGUAAAUAGACUUUCAAUUGACUACCAACUUCUUGUUGUAACUAGAUUCCCAAGGAAUUGUGGGCUUACAUCAUGAGGACUUUAUGAAGUGCACUGUUUGCUGUGACGUUCAGCAUUCUUACUACCAACUGCUUCAUAUUAAUGGAGCAUCAUGAGUAGCUUCGUUAUGGAGCAAGAUGUAACAAAUAUUUGUACAUGUAUCUUAGUCGCUGAUAUCAAUUCACUGUGUAUAUUUUGAUCCUUUACAUUUGGUCAGGACCCAAACUGUAGACUUGUGUGUGAAUAUGAAGAUAUGCACAUGCGCAAUUUCAAUUAGCAGAUCAUCCUUAAAGUUUGUAAGACAUCGAAAUGUUCCCCUCCACUUGUUUGACAAGUGUGUGGUUUCAUUUUCUUCAUGACGUGGGCAUUACUGUUCAUGUUUUGUGGCAGCUAUUGAACUUCCUGAACAAAACGACAAAGCGAAACAUGUCAAAGGAUGAAUGAAUGUUUUUAUUAUUGUUAUUAAUAUUAUUUAUCAAAAGUGUAGCUACUUUAUUUGAAUAUUAAGUGUUAUACUGGAAUAAAUUGUAAAAUUGAUUUAAUUUUAUAUGUUACAAAUAAAACUGAUUUAUUUAUGAAAUAA